AUGGCGCUCUUCAACUCCGCCAUCUCCGGCAACCUGACCCGCGUGCGCCUGCUGGUGGGCCAGCUGGGCAUGGACCCUGAGACGUCCAACGCCAUGGGUUGGACGCCCCUCAACCUGGCCGCCCUCUCCGGCCACCUGGACAUCGUGGCCUACCUGGUUGAGUCGGGCGCAAACAUCGAGACGCGCCAGCGCUGGGGCCAAAGCCCCCUCGGCAGCGCCGCCAUCAACGGCCACGUCAAUGUCGUGCGCUUCCUCAUGGACCACAGCCCCCCCGCCAACACGUCGUCUAGAGACUCCGACGGAGCAUUGCCGAUCCAUUACGCCUCCCAGUUUGGCUUCGUUGAUUGUUUGAAGGUGAUGCUCGAGCAUGGGGCUGAUGUCAAUGCCGUGGCGACGAUCAACGGGUGGACGCCGCUGCACACGGCGGCGGCGGCGGGCCAGGCCGAGGCGGUGGAGCUUCUUUUGGAGUGGGGGGCGGACGCGGGGGCCAGGGACAGGGGGGGCAGGCGGGCCGUGGAUUUGGUGGGCAUGACUGUGGCCGUGACCAGGAGGCAGUACAGGGAGAUCGGGUGCCUGCUGGAGAGGCGAAGGUGCCCCGGGGCUUCGCCGGCGCCGGAGGAGGCAUCGGACGGGCGGCAUGACAAUAUGAUGGUGAGCGGAUGA